GAGCGAGCCGCUCAACAUGAAGGGGUUUGUUGUGAGGAGCAGGCCGGGGGGACGCUGCAUGAUGCUAUCCUCGUGGAGCGGCACUCGUCUGAGGUGCGAGGUGGAGAUGUGUUUCAGUUCUUCCAGAAGAUGCUGAGCAGCUACAUCAUCCAUCAUGACAAUAAGAUGUUCCGUCAGGUGUGUGGAAUCCCGCAGGGCUCUUCAGUGUCAGCGCUGCUGUGUAAUCUGUGUUACGGACACAUGGAGAACUCACUGCUGAAGGGCAUCGCUAAAGGAGGGUGUCUCAUGCGGCUGGUGGAUGAUUUUCUGCUCAUUACGCCUCAUUUGAGCAAAGCCACAGAGUUCCUGACGACGCUGCUGGCUGGCGUUCCUGAUUACGGCUGUCAGAUCAAUCCUCAGAAGGUGGCGGUGAAUUUCCCGGUGUGUGUGGAGUGGCUGGACUCGGGUGUGAGCGUCCUGCCGUCCUGCUGUCUGUUCCCCUGGUGCGGUCUGCUGCUGGACACACACUCGCUGGACGUCUACAAGGACUACUCACGGUACGACGGCCUAUCGCUGCGCUACAGCCUCACCCUUGGCUCCGCCCACUCACCAACCGCGGUCAUGAAGAAGCUGCUGUCGGUCCUCAGUCUCAAGUGUACCGACAUCUUUCUGGACCUCAGGAUGAACUCAGUGGAAGCUGUUUACAGGAGCUUAUAUAAACUGAUUCUGCUGCAGGCGCUCAGGUUCCACGCCUGCGUCAGGAGUCUGCCUCUGGGUCAGAGCGUGGAGUCGAACCCGUGCUUCUUCCUGAAGAUGAUCUGGACCAUGUCUCGCGUCACCAACAGACUCGUCAGACACAUCAAUAAAGGUCUGGUUCUAGGUUCUCCGGACGGUGGAGGUCUUCUGCAGUACGAAGCCGUUCAGUUGUUGUUCUGUUUGGCGUUUGUGGUGGUUUUCACGCGGCACCGAUCUCUUUACCGAAGCCUGCUUCCUCCGCUACACAAACGAAAGCGGCGUCUGGAGCGCGGGCUGCGCGGCAUCAGACUGUCACGCGUGCGUCAGGCCGCCACUCCCACAAUCCCUCAGGACUUUAAACACAUCCGGACGUAGAGCGGUAAACCUCCGAGUUUCACUCGACGGCAGCUGACUAAACAGAUCCGCACUCCUCGUAAACGCUUGAUGGGUGUCGUUAAACGCGUGGAGAUAAGAGACGCUUGUAAACGACAGUGUUCAGAAGCUCAGACGUUCAUUUCUGUUGUUGUGCUGCAUGUUUCUGUGAUAUUUGCAUGUUGUUGCAUCUGUCAUCUAAAU